UAUAUGGCAGUUUCUACCUGUCCGUUCAACGAUACAUCCCUCAAUGAAUUCUCAGGAUAAUAUCGAUAUAGAUCAUCUUGUCAACAAAUAUGUGGUCAGUUUGGAAAGAUACUGAAAAAGACUUUUAUUAUAUACUAAAUAUACCAUAAGUGACAUGAUUUAUAGGACAGUCAUUUUUGGAAAAAAUAAUGAUGAAAAACAAUGAAUUUUAAACAUACAAAUAGCCAUUCCAAUAUUUUUGCCAUACAUGGUCAUUUACAAUUCAAACUGUUGACCAGGAUUUAUUUUGGUGGAGAUUCCGAAUUUUCUUCAGAGGACCCAGAAACAAGUACAGAUGACUGGGGUCUGGUGGAUGAAUGUGGUCAGAGGUACCUCCUACCCAAGACCAUGCUGUUCAUGGGGAGGGAGGAGUGUGAUAUAGUUGUCCAGUCACAAUCCGUGGACAAACGACAUGCUGUGAUAACGUUCGACCAUUACCUGAACAGGUUUAAGAUUAAGGAUCUAAGUACAGUUAACGGGACCUAUGUGAAUAACAUAAGGAUUCAGGACCAAGAAUAUGUCACCUUAAAACAUAUGGACUCUGUCAGACUUGGAACUGAUUCUAUGGUUUACUACAUGGAACAGAUCGAAGAAAAAUCAGCGAUAAAUUUGGACGAUGACAUCAACAUUCCUCCCCCACCUACAAUGCCGGCCUGGGCAACAAGAGAAUUAGCAUCCUUAGCCGAAUGUGAGGGCUGCAUAGCAGAACAGAAAUUAUGUCACACUUGUGGAGGAGAAAGAAAAGACGUUUAUCUAGAAGAGGAAGAGGCUGAGGAUGAGGUCCACAUUCACACAAGUCAUCACAGAGACAAGACAAAAGAUUCCAAUACAUGGCCUCGAAAGAGGGUCAGAAAUACUCAAAACAUUGCCACAUUCUUCCCUGAUAAUAGUAGUUUUGAUGAUUCUGAAACUGGUCACAGAAUAUUACGAGGUGAAGGCAGCAUACCAGAAAAUCUUCCUCCAGAAUUAGAGACUGUUAAGAAGUGUACUCCUCUGUAUGGGCAGCCAGACUGGUGGGGAGAGGAGGAGGCUUAUGAAAAGAAUUCCAAUUCAGAAAAACCAUCCAAUUUAAGUCUUCAGAACAAUGUAGGAAUAGGUGAAAGUAGUCCUCCUAGUGAAAUUGACAAUAGCAAAGCAUCAAUUUUGUCAAAAGACAGUUUAAUAUCUCAUAAAACCGGUGAAAUGGACACGCCCGAGUCUCCUGAAAAUAAUUCUGUCUCAACUUGUGCACCAAAACCUGCAGAUGGCAGCAUUAGUAUGGCCUUUACUGUUGAAUUUGACGAAGAAUCACCUAAAAUGAAUAUCAGUGGGAAACUAGAAGAUUUCAUGCCAUCCAAAGUACGAAGAAGUUUCAGAGGUCGUACUGAUAAGAGAGCUUCUAAAUCAUCAGAGGACUCUUUUAAAGAAGAAAAAAGUUCAUCCAGAGGAUCUUCACCAACAAGGAAAAGCUCGUCAAGAGGAUCAUCGCCUGCUCGACAGAAAAAGAUAGAUGAUUUGUGGGAGUCAUCGGACAAGUCCCGAAAACCUAUGCGACGAAAUUCCAGUGGUGCUAGUGAUUAUAGGGAGGAAUCUAAAACUAGUCAUACAAUAAAAGAGCUGAAUAAUCAGAAAAGAAAGCUUUCGUCGGGAGGAUUAACAAGAGGAAAAUCAUUAAAAACCAAAGAAAGUGAAAUUAAACUUGAACCUGAGGUGAACGAAAGUGCUUCAUAUUUGAUAGAUAAAAUGUUUUCUUCUGGUACAACUAAAUCGCCAUUGAAAUCACCUAAAAGUGAUAGAUUCACUGAACAUGCUCUGUAUAGAGAAGCUAAACUGUAUGAAUUUGGUAAAGACAAUGCCAAGGAUACCAGUGCACCAAAAAAAAUCACACGUCAGCCUCUUCUUAAAAAAAUACCAACAGAAAAGGAGGAGCCUGUUCCUGCUAAAAUUAUCCCUGUUGAGGCCCCUAAAAAACAAGAAGAAGAGAAUGUUAGUGAAUCAGGGACCUAUACUAUUGAGGCUGACAGUAAACCAAAGGAAGAGGAGGAAAAAGCUCGUGAGGAUAUUGACAAAGCAUUCGGUAUAUCGGAUAAUUAUCUGUCUCAGACCAGUAAUGAAUCUGGUAUAAAAAAUCAGGAUACUGUAGAAAAUGGUGAUGUAAAAUUAGAAGAUAUUGAAGACCAGAUUGAUGAGUUAGAGAAGGUUAGGACACGAGGACCAGUGGCUGAAAGCCUUGAUGUUGAAGUUGGCAGUGAUAUUUUGACAGAGCUCAAAAUUGUUGAGGAUGGGGAUGACAUGAAAUCACGGGAGCAUUCAAAGUGGAUGUCUCAGUUGGAAGCAUUGACCAGUAAAUCGAAGUCACCAUCAAAUGAUUUGGCUAGUCCACGAUCUAAUCCUGAUGAAAUGCAAGGCACUAGAAAACCAUCAUCUGGAUCUAAAAAGAGGCCAGGUACUGGCAGAAAAUUACCCCGACUUCCAAAUGAUAAAGGAAGUCCAUCAGGAAGUGAAACUAGUUCCAGGAUGAGUGAACGUAGCUCAAAAUUAAGUGAAUGUACAAAUAGUCCACGAUGUCCAUCAACUCCUAAUGAGUCGAAAAUGAAAGUGACGAUUUCUGACAAAGUUAUAAAUAGAUAUGAUGACACUGAUACAGAAACGGUAUCAAAAACUAAAUUUGAGACAGAUUCAGAAAGUAACUUUACAAGGAUUGAAUCUGAUACUGAUAAAACUCCACAAAGUUCAAGGUCAUCAGGGGCUAGUAUUGAUACAGAUAUUUUAUUGCAGGACACGGCAGAUGUCGUAGCUGCUGUUGGAAAUAAGAAAUCCAUGAAACCUUCUUCUAAAUCCUUACAAAAUGGACAUGAUUUUUCUUAUAUGAAUGGCAAAAGUCUUACAAAUGGCAAAAGUCACAUGUAUGGAGAUUAUCAUGAUUCUGAAAGUAUGGUAGCUUAUAUAAAUGGUGACGAAGAAUUUGAUAAGCCGUCUGAUUAUGGAAGUCCAAGGGAAAACUUGGCAAAAAGUACAAAAACCAAAACUACCCCUAAUAAGAAACCUCUAACUAGAGUUUACUCAACUAGUUCUGCCCAAAGACUUCAAAAGUUCAAGGAGACUAAUUUAAAAAGGACUGUGAGCACUGGUGAUCAAUCUGCUGUUUCGGAUGUUUUAAGUGAAAGUGACACUUCUACUGCUGAUUUAUCAUUGGAUCUUUCUACCUUUGAGGAAAACAAUCCAGAGAUAAAUAGGAAAGGUUCCAAAGGUAAAGGGACUAUUUCUUUGACAAGGCCAAAUCGCGCAUUCCAACUACGCCGUCAGAGAGCAGACGGCGAUGUGCCAACUACUCCAGGUUCUGAUAUUUCUGAUAGCUCAUUCACAAGUGUAUCAAAACCACCAUCUAGAAAUGCCAGAACCCCUACAACAACUUCUUCCAGGACUUCUAAAACCCCUACUAGUAUGAGGGGCUUAGGCUCAAGGACUCCUACAGGUGUAUCAAGUAACUCUUCACUUAGCUUUUCUAAAUCUGUGGGAUCUCGACAAAGCUGGCAUGGAUCAUCGUCAAGGACAGAUUUGACUGUAACUGGUGUUUCAAAGGGACGUUCUGGGAAAGUAUCUGAUCGUAGUGAUGCUAGUUUAGGUGCUCAAAUUCAGCGUAAGGGUGAAGACAAUGCUCGUACUUCAAAUUUAGCACGGACAGAAACUGGUAGACAUAGUUUAAAACUUAAUAAAUCCUUAAGUACUUUAGACAAUUCUUCUUCAGAUGUUAGGAAAUCAGAUUUAAAAUCAUUCAAAAAUAGAUUAAAAACAACUCAGUCAUAUGGAUUAAGUGUUUCUGGAGUAGGAAAUAAAAGUCAAUCUCAAACACAAAGUGCGAGUGCAACAAGGUUAGCUGAAGAGGCAGCAUGGAAACGUAGAAAGGAAUAUGAUCCUCGAAGAGCAGUUGCCGAAGCUAAAACUAAAUCUAAGGAAAAAACUAGUACUAAUAUUUCAUCUUCAUUAACUUCAAUGAAAAAGAUGACUCGGUCAUCAUCUUUCACAAACUCUUCUGAACUAGGACGUAAUCGUAAAGACAAAAAUGACUCUCUUUCUAGUGCAGAAGGAACUGACACCUUUGAUGACAGUAGUAUAGCCUCCUCUCACAGAGGAUUUAUUCCUUAUUCAGGAAGAUCUCAGUCUAGUCACCUCUAUAAAACCUCGUCAGAAGAUGACGAGUUAAGUCUCGUAGCAAAAUCGGGUCAGUCCCAGGAUGCAUCAUGUUCUGAGGAUUUAAGUCGGUGUUUACUUGGUAGUAAACCACAUUUGUCAGCAUUCACUCCGCCACCUCCUAAACUUGCUUCUCCUUUACCACGACCUCGCUCUCUUUACAACAAACGCCAUUCUGUCACGGGAGACACGACAGAGUUUUCCGAUAUCAUCAGACAAUAUCAUAAUAACGUGUUAUCACAGUCAUAUGACAACAUUUUAGUAUCCUCUAUAUACCAGCUGUCACAAAAACUCAAGUCAAAGACCAAUCAUGUAGUCCAUAGAUUAAGAGAUGAAGAUAGAUUAUUGGUAAAUUCUCCUUCACCGAUAGAUGACAUCAUAGAUCAAUCCAUGAACAGUGAAAUGCCAGCUUGGAAAUCAGCAAAUCAAGAACUGGCAGGAAUUCUUAGUAAUUUACAGAAAAUUGAACACCAUUUACGAUGUUUAAAUAGAGUUUUAUUCCCGGGAGAAGUGAGUCCAUCCGAUUCUGCAAUGUCAGGGAGAGAAAAACAAGAAUAUUUACAAGAAAUAGAAAGAAUAAGAAGUGAACUAGCAGGAUUCCAACCUAUUGCAAACAAAGAAGACACUUGGAAAUUAAGACAUGAUGAUGAAUCUGUUGAAUCUGAUUGUGAAGAACUUGGUGGUGCAGAAGAAUUCUUCUGAUUUUUUGUUAAUUAUAUUUACAAGCGCUUUGUGAUAUUAGAAAUUGUUGUAGAAUUCCAACAGUGCUUUUAAUGCUGCCAAAUAUAUCUGCUGAAGUCCCAGAAUUAUUAAAAGUGUUGUCUAAUGCUCUGUGUUGUCAGAGGUAACAUUUCAAGGUCAUAGGUUAUCAAUGGAUUCCUUUUAAAGGUCACAAGCAGUCAAUCUAAAUGGAAACUACUGACCAUGUUUUAAUGGUUUGAAGUUUUAUUCCACAAUGUUUUUAUAUAAGAUUGGAAAAAAAGUCGAAUUGUUUGGUACAUAUUUCUUAAGACGCAUAGGAAAUUGAUUUAUUUUCAAAAUUACAGCUGUAGAAAAAUUAUUUAAUUACCAGAGGUAUUCUGUUUAUUUCAUAUUGAUGGAAAAUAUUUUUUUGAUUUCUAAAUUCAUCUUUGAAGAAUAAGAUGUUGUCUUUUUUUUUAAGGAUUGAAAAAUGCAAAUAGUGCUAUAUGUCCACAAAAAUUAUCAGGAAUCUGGAAAAAAUUAUGUUGAAAGAUAACAUAAUUAUUUGUCCAUUCUAAAGAACUCUAAUGCAUUAAAACAAAUACUUUAAAACCAUUUUAUUUUUAAGAAAACCUUUUAUCUGUUGUUAAGAGUGUUCAAAAGAUUGUUUGUGAUAAAUAAUGAAUGAUAUUAUUUUUAUGAGGGUCAUCCAUUGAAGCAAGGUUUUCCUUUUUCAUAAAGUCUUGCAAUACAAUUUGCCAUUUCAGAUUCUGAAGCAUUAUGGGUAAUUUCACUGUUCUAACUUGAAAUGAAAAAUAAUGUAACAUUAUUAAUUCAAUUUCCAAUGUUUAGAAUUUUAGUAGCCAAUCACAACUUUGGUUUUUGCUGGAGUAUAUAUUACCCAAAAGGCAUCAGAUUCUGAAACUGAAUUGAUGAUGUAGAGACUGAGACAAAAGUUUUUUUUUCGCAAUUCCUCUUUUUCAGCGGUAGAGAUAAAAUUUUACUGAAAAGGUUACAGAAAAACACAUCAUAGCAAAAUUUGUUUAAAAAUUUUGAAAUUGAUUUUCUUAUUCAAGAACAUUUAGAUGUGAUCGCAGAAAUGGUGUGUUGUAAUCUUUUUUUUUAGAAUAAGAGGAAUCCAAUUAAAGGGAAGUAACUUAUAUUUGAUGGAUGAUCCAGAACUUCUGUGAUAUAAUUUCUCUAUUGUAUGUUGUAUUUUUUUUUACUAUUAAAUGGUUAAGGCAGUGCCAACAUGAAUUUUAAUUCAUUACAUAUUUAAAUUUUUAUUUCUUAUACAAAUUAAUCUUUAUAAACUUUGAAGAGUAACUUUAAGAAAAAGUUUUAUAAAGAGAAAAGUGAGUAAUGUUUGAAAGUCUGAUGUGAUUUUUUUAAUCUGUUUCCAUAGACAACUUUAACAAAUACUACAGAACUUUGUUCAUACAAGCUUACUUUAAAGAGAAAUGAUUUAAAAUAAAUGAACUUACUAAGCAAAUAUCUGUAAAGCUAAGCUUAAGAUUAUAUAUUCAGUUGGCUAUUGUGAAAUCCAAGAUACUGAUGUUGUAGUUAAGUCUCAUACCAUACUUUCAAAAUCUCAAUGUACUAAGGCUUGUUUGUGAAUUGUAAGAAUGACAGAUAAAAACACAAUAUCUGAAUGUUAACAAUAUACCUUUAAUAUACCUUCCUAAUCAUGUAUUGUAACUUAUACAAACUUACAAAAUUUAAUUAAUUCAAACCUUGUUAAGAAUGUUGAUUAUGGUUGUUAUUUUGUUGUUUGUACUUCAAUAUAAAUGCAGAAAUUAAUAUGGUGCCAUUAACCAACCAAUACACAACACCUAGCAAAUGAACAAAUUUUAUGUCUUUGAUACAAAUUAUUUAUGAAGAUGAUGAUGAUGAUGAUAAAAAGUAGAAUAUCUUA